AUGAUGCGGUCCCUCGCAGCAUUAUUAAUUCAGUUCUCGUUCGCUUCCGGGUUGAAGUUUCUUUUGUACAAUCCGGACAAUCCGGGCGCCAGCAAGUCCCAUGUGAUCCUGGUCGAUAAAUUGGGCGAUUUGUUGGUGAAUGCGGGCCAUGAAGUGGUAAGCCGUGUUUUUGUUCUUUUUUAGGUUGAAAAUGCAACGCACUUUCCGCAAAGGCGAUUUUUUUUGAUGGAACAAGUAAAAAUUUUUCAGGGUUAAUGUCAUCCUUCGAUUUUGUAAAAAUUUUUUUUACAAGGAAAGUACUUCUAUGGGGUGUGGAGUUACAGGUCGAGGCAUAUAUCAAAAUAAUCACAAUUUUUUUCUGAUUCAGAAUAUGUAAAAAUUAGCUGCCUUAUUUUGGUUUAUAAGGGUGAAAAAAUCCUCAGAACUCUUCUCGCAACACCACGAAAAUGCCUUUUUGGUGGUGUCUUGACAAGCCUUACAAUAUCAAAUUUGAUUAAUACUACACCUUAAUUAGUAGUUCCUAUAUAAAAAGGGGCAUUCGCGUGGUGUUCCGGGAAAAAUUCUGAGGAUUUUUCACCCUUACAGACCAAAAAUAGGCAGCUAACUUUUACAUAUUCUGAAUCAGAAAAAUUUUGCGAUUUUUUUGAUGUAUGUCUCGACCUGUAACUCCAUACCCCAUUCAAGUACUUUCCUUGUUAAAUUUGCCAGUCAAGCUUUUUAUAAAAUCGAGUUUCUUGUUUUUGCCGUAUUUUACCAAUUUGCAAUUUUUUUUGCAGGUUACAUACAUGCCGUAUGUCAACGAAGUUUCAUUUGCAAAUUUCACUCGAAAGUCUGACCUCUUGUUGUAUAAAGUCUCAAUGGACGUUCCAAAAUUCGCACAGAACACGAAUAUCUGGCUGAGAGAUUUUGAAGUCACCGAAAUCGCAGCUGUAAGCGAAAAAAAUCAAUUUUUAUGUCAUCAAAAUUCUUUACGCCGACUUUUCAGUGGAUGAAACAAUUAGGUGAUGUUGCGACACGCUCUUGUAAAAUUCAGUUGGAAGACGAGGCGCUGAUGCAGCGACUACGCGACGAGAACUUUGAUUUCGGUUUGGUCGAGUACUUUGAUCCUUGUGGAGUGGGGAUCUUCCAUAAAAUUGGCUUGAAACGAUAUUCAAUGGUGUAUUCCACACAAAUUCAUCUGACUCACGCGAGAUAUGUUGGAAUUCCGACGCCAACCAGCUUUGUGCCGGGUAAGGUGCCAAGUUAUGAAGAAACUGUCUUGACAGAUGACGCAUACAGCGUAGGGUCUAUAACAAAAAAUCAUAGUGAUCGUGCGAGGAAAUUUAAGCAUAAAACAAACCUUCGUACAGUGGGGGACCUGAUCCAGUGGCAAAAAACGUGCCAUUGAUCGGAUGUAUCAAAAAUGUGGCAAAAUGCUUCCCUCUUCCAGUGAAAAAACUUCGUUUUGAAGGGCGCGCGCCCUUUUUCCUCACAAAAAGAGCGGGCGCGCUUUUGAAUUCUGAGUUUUUUCACUUGAAGAGGGAGGUAUUUUGCCACAUUUUUUGAUCCUUCCUGGAUGCAAAAUGGUACGUUUUUUGCCACUGGAUCAGGUCCCCCUCCGUACAAGGAUACCCUUUUCCGACAAAUAAAAUUUGUUGAUGGCUUGCAAUUUUGGUAGAGGUUCGAAUACAGUCAAGCCUCUGUUCAACGAAUCGCAAGCGACCAAGAAGUUUAUUUGUUAUGGAAAGGGUAUGUUGUAUGGAGCUUCAUUUCGCCCUAAAGUUGGCGUUUGGCACCUCCGGAAUUGCUUGCUAUAAAAAAUUUUUCGAGAUGGUUUUUGUUGGAUAGAGGAUCUAGUGCAUCAGUUUUUAGAGAACACCUGGACAUCCGCCUCAAAGAUGACGUUCAUGCAACGAGUUUGGAAUUUCCUUGCCAAUGUGAUCGUUGAGCCGUAUGUUAUUAGCAGCCAUAUCAGUGGAUUCAAUGAGAUUUUCAACCCUAUGGGCAAAACUGUUUAUGUAAGAAUUUUUAUACAUUGACGGACCUGAUCCAGUGGCAAAAAACGUACCAUUUUGCAUCCGGAAAGCAUCAAAAAUGUGGCAAAAUGCUUCAAGUAAAAAAACUUCUUUUUGAAGGCGCGCCCUUUCCCUCACAAAAAGAACGGGCGCGCUUUUGAAAUCAGAGUUUUUCACUUGGAGAUGGAAGCAUUUUGCCACAUUUUUGAUAAUUCCCGGAUGCAAAAUGGUACGUUUUUUGCCACUGGAUCAGGUCCGCCGCGGUAGUAUAUUUUUUUUGAUAAAAUACGGCAUUACAAAGUUGAAUUUUUUUUUAGGAUCUGAUGGCCGAAGGAGGAUACAUUUUCAUCAAUACUGAUGAGUUUGUCGAUUUUCCAAAGCCAAUAUCGCACAAAGUUGUGAACAUUGGAGGGAUUGGCAUGAAGAAAUUAUUGAGUAUACCACAAAGAUUACCUGCGGAAUACCAAAAAGUUUUCGACACCGCCAAAAAAGGAGUUGUUUUGAUCUCAUUCGGAUCCUUGGCCAGAACAGUGGACAUCCCAAUGAAAUCUCGCAAAGCCCUUUUCGAAGCUUUUAGACACUUUCCGGAAAUCAACUUUGUUGUAAAGUACGAAGAUAAGGACCAUAAACCAUUGGAGUUGCCAAGUAAUGUAUUUUUGGCGGAAUGGCUCCCGCAACCUGCUAUUUUGGGUGAGAUUUUUUGUUAAUAUUGGUUAAUACGUUUGGCACAAGCUUAUAGUGGGGGACCUGAUCCAGUGGCAAAAAACGUACCAUUUUGAUUCCGGGAAGUAUCAAAAAUGUGGCAAAAUGCUUCCCUCUCCAAGUGAAAAAACUCCGAUUUCAAAAGCGCGCGCGCUCUUUUUGUGAGGGAAAGGUCGCGCCCUUCAAAACGAGGUUUUUUUCACUUGAAGAGGGAAGCAUUUUGCCGCAUUUUUGAUACUUCCCGGAUGCAAAAUGGUACGUUUUUUGUCACUGGAUCAGGUCCACCACUGUCAUGUCAACGCAUUUGAUACUUCCGGGGCCAAUGCUCUAUCUGAAACUUUGCUUUAAAUCAUAGGGCGCAGCUCGGAGAACUUGCACGGGCGCAGCUCACGUCUUGGGCGCAGCCCGAAAACGAGGUGAAACCUAGCUCCGGCGAGCUGCGAAACGUUGUUUUUCGAGUUGCCCUACCAUUUUUCAGCUAACUUUCAGCAUACUUUCAGUUAGCGCAUUGGCCCCCGGAAUCAAAAUGGUAUGUUUUUUGCCACUGGAUCAGGUGCCCCACUGUACUUCGAGAGGGCCUCGAAGAUUUGAAAAUUUACAAGCGUUGCGUUGAAACUUUGAGGCUUUAACUAAAUUUCCAAUGUGUUUUAGCCAACAACAAAACACUCGCUUUUGUGACCCACGGCGGCCAGAACAGUGUUACCGAGUCGACCUAUGCCGGUGUUCCUUUGAUUGUUGUCCCAUUAUUUGGAGAUCAGUUUAGAAAUGCGGAGUCAGUCAAGGAACGGGGAGUUGCGGAGAUCCUGAGGAAACAGGAUUUGAGUUCAAAGCAAAAAAUUGUUGAUGUGUUUAGAAAGGUGAUCUAUAACGAUGAGUAAGUGUAAAAUCAUCAAAUUUUUUAACUACAUCGCGGUUUUUUUACGGAUUCUUUGUAUUUUAGCUACCAAAACACGGCAAACGAGCUGGCUAAAGUCAUGCUGGCGAAGCCAAUGUCAGCGGAUGAGAGAUUUGUAAGACAUUGUGAAUUUGGAGCGCAAUUCGAUAUCCAUCACUAUUUGGAUCUCCAAGGAAGGCAUCUCAAUUUCAUUCAGUAUAACAACUUGGAUGUGAUAGCUUUCCUAAUAGCCUUUACAGUCCUCACUUUGUACGUUUUGUACAGAAGGGCGGUCUUUAUUUUAACGUUUAGGGUUGAUAAGGCGAAAGAAGAGUAG